UUGUGCUUCAGUUUCUUGCUGAAUCCUAAAUAAACGGAUUGAUAUUUACUACCCGGAGGAUAAUGUAACUUAAAAAGGUAUUUAUUAGAAACUGUUGAUUCUUUCUUGAAUGCAUAAUUUAUGGUGUUCUCUUGUAUGUAACUCAUAGAGCCUGCAAAGAAGUAGUAAAUGUUAUGGUGCAUUAUAUAUCUCCAAUUGAUGCAGCCUUCACGGUAAUUAUACCAUUCACUACUUAUUAAUUAGUUUCUGAAAGUAUUUGAUUUUCUUGAAUGUCACAUAUGAAGAGAGGAUUAUUGGAAGUAUUUCUCGUUGAUGCUCAUGGAAUCACACACACAAAUUUUAUUGGAAGUCCUGUGUAUUAUGUGCUCUUACAAUGUGGGAUAAAGGAAUACCGUAGCAAAAUGUCGAAAGGUGAUAAUGACAAUGCAUUGUGGAACCAAAAGUUUGUUUUCGAUUUCCCAAUGUCUCAAUGGAAGAAGCUGACCUACAUCAAAUUUAGAAUCAUGGACAAAGAGCUCUUCAAAGAUGGUGGAUUUGUCGGUGAAACCAUAAUUCAUCUUGGAGGGAUAAUAACCGAAGGACGUGACAGAGGAUACAUGGAAAUUAAACCAGCUCCAUACAAUGUUGUUCUUGAGGACGAUACUUUUAAAGGUGAACUAAAAGUCGGAUUGAGAUUCAUUGCAACGGAUAAAUUGCAGAGGAAAGCAUGGGAACUGAAGAUGGAGGCCAAAAACCGCGAAGAACCAAUGGUUUCUCCAAUUCUGAAUCUAAUGAAACUUCCUUUGCUAAGGUUCAUAGCUGCAUGGGCAAGAAGGCAGUGUCUCAUCAAUGCAAAACUACUUUAUUGUUUCGUCGACUAUAAGCAAUGUUCUUACUUCUUUAUUUGUAGCUAGGGUUUCCCGAUCAACCCUUUCACGGUAUCGUGAUGGGCAAGAAUACGAAACUGUUGAUGACUUUAAUCUUUUUCACCUUAAUCUUUAAUGUAAUAAAUGUUCUGCAUUUAUAUCUUUUGAUGUAACAUUUUUCUUACUUUCAUUUAAU